AUGAGACUCCACCGCCUCUUCACCACCACCUUUCUCCUCACCUCUGUCGUUGCAGCACCAGGUCCCUCUUCUGGACCGUCCGCAGAGAAUGUGAAAAGAGUUGCCAAUUCCGAAGCAGGCCCAAGACAGAACAAAAACUACCAACUACCCGUCGAUACAAAAUACUUCCACGAACCCGGCGGGACCAAUGAGCUGGGCCACUACGAUAUUCGAUACUAUGCCGGAUCCCCCGUCUCCUACGAAGAGCGAGGCGACACGCUGCACCACCUAAUCCGUUCCUACCUCACCGUCUUCCGAGAACGAAACAUCGAGACCUGGAUAGCGCAUGGGACGUUAUUAGGCUGGUGGUGGAAUGGAAAGAUCAUGCCGUGGGAUUGGGACCUCGACACUCAAGUCUCUGCUUCGACGUUGACAUGGCUGGGCGAGAAUCUUAACAUGACGAUGCACAACUAUACCAGCAUCAACCCUGACGGGACGGAAGUGAAUCGAGAGUAUCUGCUUGAUAUCAACCCGAACCAUAUCGAGCGCGUGCGAGGCGACGGAAUGAACGUCAUCGACGCCCGCUGGAUCGAUGUGCGAACCGGCCUGUUCAUCGAUAUCACAGGGUUGAGCGAAGUGAACCCUAGCACGCAGCCAGGGAUAUGGACCUGUAAGAAUUUCCACCGAUACCGGACGAGAGAUCUAUAUCCGCUGCGAGAGACGGAGUUCGAGGGCGUGAAGGCAUUGGUGCCGUACAGUUUUGAUAAGAUCUUAACGCAAGAGUAUUCGACGAGAGCGUUGACCAAGACUUUGCACGAGGGCCAUCAAUGGGUUCCUGAGCAAAAAGAAUGGGUCAAGCAAGGGACGGUGCAAGGAACGAUACAACCGCACGUACCACGCAGUCUGCAACCAGAAGGAGAGCCUGAAUCAGGACUGAAGAACUUGUUCCGAGUUUUAUAG